UGUCCUACACACAAACAAAGAUGGAGGUUUAUCAGACGGGGGACACACCAGGGGGAUAGAAAACAACGUAGAUUUUAAGUGAUGUGUGUUUCGUGACUGUUGAUUUCUUCUGCUGUCAAAACAAACAGCAUUGUCAUGCAAUCUUUAGCUCUUUGUGGGCGAUUUUUCUCUCGAGCGUUUGUAACAAGCCUAGGACUGAACCCCGAACGUCAGAUUAAAUCAAGAAAGGAUUUUCACCUUGUGACUGGAUCUGCGGGAUUUUCGAAGUCACUUACAAAGACACAGGGUCCAAAACAGUGGACAUAUGGGGACGAUGCUUAUUUCAUUACCAGAAAUAAAGUAGCGGACGUCAUAGGUGUAGCUGAUGGAGUAGGGGGAUGGAGAAAUUAUGGCGUGGACCCUUCAACUUUUCCAGAAACCUUAAUGACAACAUGUGAACGCAUGGUCAAAGAAGGAAGAUUUAACCCCAGGACACCAGCGAAAAUCAUACAGGCCAGCUAUGAAGAAAUGCAGGAGCAGAAAAUACCCCUGAUUGGCAGUAGUACAGCAUGUGUGGUGUCCUUACACAGAGAGGAUCGUACUGUGUAUACAGCUAAUUUGGGUGACAGUGGCUUUCUCAUCAUCCGUGACAGUGAGGUGAUCCAUCGCUCAGUGGAGCAGCAGCACUAUUUCAACACUCCAUUCCAACUGGCAGUGGUUCCCCAAAGUCAAGAGGGUCAAGUGCUCAGUGACAGCCCUGCCAUGGCAGACAGCACAUCAUUUAAAGUGGAGGAAGGUGACAUCCUUUUACUUGGCACAGAUGGCCUAUUUGACAACAUGUGUGAAGAUAUGAUUGUGGAUCACAUCUCAAAAAUCAAGGACCACCGAGCAGAUAUACAGAAAACAGCCAACAACAUGGCAGAGGAUGCCCUGUCUCUAUCCUUGGACCAAGACUACUUAUCUCCAUUCUCCCUGUCAGCUAUUGAUGCUGGAAUCAAUCUUAAAGGAGGCAAACCUGAUGAUAUAACAGUGAUCCUCGCCAGAGUAGCUGUACUAGAUAUGUAACGUCUAGUAAUAACAUAGACCCAAGUAUCUGUCUUCUCCAUGUCGAUGAGCCAGCACACCUACUGGAAUUCUGGUGUACCUAGCAAACUUGUUUUCUGAAGGAGAGGAAUAUUUUCAUUGUAACACGCAGGAAGUGUUGGAUUAUAUCUGAUUUAUAAUGUUUUGUUUUGUAGUUAAGUGAUAAAGUAAAAGUCUUGUUAAUCCAAUUUUAUUGAAGAUGAUUUUGACUUUUAACUGAAACUUUGACAUGGUUCACUGCAGGGUUACCUUAACUGACACUACAAACUUGUUGAAUUUAAAUUCCUCAGUAAAACUUUGUAAUACUGAUAUAAAAGAUUGAAUGUUUUUAUGUACUAGAAUAACCAUGUGAUAUUUGUAAUAGAUGUGAUUGAACUGUGUCAAAAGACUGCAAUAGUUAUACAAGGCUUGCUUGGAACUUAAGAUUAAUAGACUUCAAGUUAGUAAUUCAUGUAAAGGUCAUACAUGGGAAAACCUGUGCUCGUACUUUAUCAGCAUCUAGGCAGGAAAAAAA